AUGGUCGCAACACAACCUUUCCAGCGCAUUGUCGCUGCUGAGAUAGACGGUCGCUGUUUGAAUAUCAGAUAUCGUCAGAAUCAAUUUCAUCGUCUACAGUCCAGAGUUGUACAGAAUAUCGAGCAGAUCAAAGAUGCGAUCGCUGCCGAUUCGGGAAAUUCGUCGGAGGAGGUUCGCGCCGAGAUCUGCCUUGCCUUUAAGGAGAUUCGCACACACUAUGCUUCGCUGGACUUGAAAAAAGACCUGGAGGAGGAGUAUCGUGUUGCCAAUGGCAAGGAUAAUUAUGAUGGGAAGCGCGGAGUCGGGAUUGUCUAUAUUGUGCCUUCUUCACAUACUAUGUUUUUCUCUGUUGUCGCGGCGCUGAGUGCUGCCAUUGCGGCCGGGAACUGCGUAAUUCUUGAGUUGACGAAAACUACAAUGGCCGUACCGGGUGUGCUCAAGAAGAUCCUGCCUCAGACCCUGGACGCGGAUACAUUCGCUAUCAGCGAGGAGAGACCAGAUACCACAUUCCUCAACAAAACGCAUUUAAUUGCACAAAGUGACUCUAUUACUCCUUCUUCCAACAGCCUUUCUUCGCCCACUUCGGCCAGAACCGUCGCCAUCGUCGACCGCACAGCCCACAUCUCCGCUGCAGCGGAUGCGCUGGUGUCCGCGCGAUUCGCUUUUGGCGGUCGCUCCACUUACUCGCCUGACGUUGUACUCGUACAGGAGUUCGCUAUGAAGGAGUUCGUGGAAGCUAUCAUCCAGCGAUCAUCGAAGUAUCUAGCCGGUCAAAAUGGAGACGCUCGUCAGACGGCCGUCAAUCCGCGACGAUCGAGUUCGGGCGCUUCGUUGCUCGAUGCGGCGUAUAAAGACGCCAGCGCACGGGUGAUAGUAUCUGGAUCUGAAUGGGGUGUAGUUGAAGUACACGACCGAAAAUCAUCUCUUCUGCAAAAGAAGGUAUCCGAGAAAGUGCUCGUUCUGCAUCCGGUGACUAGCCUGGACGAUGCUAUUGAUUUCAGCACAUCCAUGGGCACCCUAGCAGCAACAUACGCCUUCUCCGCCCCAGCAGCAGCCAAAUACCUAACUCAAUUUAUCGACUCCUACACCUCUUAUAUCAACCACGUUCCCGUCGACAUGCUCAGUAAGCUUCCCACUCCCUUCCCAGCCCUCUAG